GCGCCCAAUCGCCAGCUGGCGCGGUCGCCAUGGCGACGGUGGACGCGGCGCGGCCUGGGCCGCCAUGGCCGCCUACAGCCCCGGGGUGCUGGUGGGCAACUGGAACGAGGCGGCGUUCCUGGAGGAGGACCGCGUGAGGGAUUUUAUACGUAAAAGAGACCGAGGGGAACUUUUAAUGCAGAAAAUAAGCAGACUUGAAGAAAAUCUUUUAAAGGAGAUAAAGCUGUCAGUGUCUAAGGAUGGAUUUAUUUGCUUUGGAGACACUGUGAUGCUUUUGAGCCCCGACAACAAAUCCUCAGUGGACAGUUACACUGGAGCGUGCGGCAACCUAACACUGGCAAUUAAUCUGGAGGAAAUAUCCAUAUAUUCGGCUGUGUCACUGCAAGCCCCUUGUGGAGUUAGUGCCGUCAAAACCAUGGACCCCGUGGGUCGAAACACAUUUUGUCUUUUAAGUGUUGAUGGAAGUUCAGUGGGUGAACCCAUUAGAUUUGGGCAAAAGUUUGGUCUUGGGACAACAGGAGGGUUUUCUGAUCCAAUGUUAUAUCUAGCAAGUGACCAUAAAUCAUUCAUCAGAUUUGCUAAAAAAUCUCACCUUCAGCAAGUAUUUUUGACAGAUGAGCUUUCUUAUUUGACUUGCUGGCAAGCUACCUUCUUGGAUCCACAGCUGCGUCUUGAAUAUGAAGGAUCUCCAGUUCCUGCAAACUCUAAAGUGAUUAUUACUCAUUGCCAUACUAAUCGGAGCUUAGCCGUUCCAAGAAACUUUUGGACAAGGUCUUAUUUUGGAAGGGAGUAUGAAGUAAUUUGUCACACUUACCUGGACUCCCAUAGAGUUGAAGAAGAUAAGAAUUACUGGGUAGUAGUUACAGCAAAUCCCAGUGACGAUGGUACUAUGAUUGAUAGACCCGACCCUCAGCCAGGGGGAAUCUGAAAGAGUUUUGUCAAGAGACAGAGAAUAUAAAAAUCCCAGAUUACAAAUGACAAAGAUUGAUGAGAUUCUGAUUCUUAUUUUUUCUGCUCAGAUUUUAAUAUUAGAGAUGUUUAAUUAAAAACAGAAAUGAAAGUCUACCAUUAAUAAUUUUACAUAAUCUCAUUAACUCAUCGGGGUUAUGUGGAUGGCAAAAAUUGACUAAUAAAGUUUGAUGAACAAUG